CUUCCGUUAGAAUGACCCGGCCUGAAGUAGCGGCGGAACGGAAGUCGCUUGUGUAUGAGCGCAGCAGCGGACCAGCGAGGGGACCCGACUUGCCCGCAGAACUUACGCUGCGGAACCCCGGGCACUGUUGCUGCUGCGGGAGACCGUGGGCUGUUUAGUGCCAUGCAUCCUUUACAGUGUGCCCUCCAAGUGCAGAGGUCUCUGGGGUGGGGACCAUUGGCCUCUGUGUCUUGGCUGUCGCUGAGGAUGUGCAGGGCACACAGCAGUCUCUCUAGUACCAUGUAUUCCAGUCCAGAGAGACAGGAGGAUGGAGCUCGGAAGGAUUUCAGCUCCAGGCUGGCUGCUGGACCAACUUUUCAACAUUUUUUAAAAAGUGCCUCAGCUCCCCAGGAGAAGCUGUCUUCAGAAGUGGAAGACCCACCUCCCUAUCUCACGUUGGAUGAACUUCUUGGAAGGCAGAGAAAAGUAUACCUCGAGACCUAUGGCUGCCAGAUGAAUGUGAAUGACACAGAGAUAGCCUGGUCCAUCUUACAGAAGAGUGGCUACCUGCGGACCAGUAACCUCCAAGAGGCAGAUGUGAUUCUCCUUGUCACGUGCUCUAUCAGGGAGAAGGCUGAGCAGACCAUCUGGAACCGUUUACAUCAGCUUAAAGCCUUGAAGACAAGGCGGCCCCGCUCCCGGGUUCCUCUGAAGAUUGGAAUUCUAGGCUGCAUGGCUGAGAGGUUGAAGGAGGAGAUUCUCAACAGAGAGAAAAUGGUAGAUAUUUUGGCUGGUCCUGACGCCUACCGGGACCUUCCCCAGCUGCUGGCUGUUGCUGAGUCGGGCCAGCAAGCUGCCAACGUGCUGCUCUCUCUGGACGAGACCUAUGCUGAUGUCAUGCCAGUCCAGACAAGCCCCAGUGCCACAUCUGCCUUUGUGUCGAUCAUGCGAGGCUGUGACAACAUGUGUAGCUACUGCAUUGUUCCUUUCACCCGGGGCAGAGAGAGGAGUCGGCCUAUUGCUUCCAUUCUAGAGGAAGUGAAGAAGCUUUCUGAGCAGGGGCUGAAAGAAGUGACACUUCUUGGUCAGAAUGUUAAUAGUUUUCGGGACAAUUCAGAGGUUCAGUUCAACAAUGCAGUGCCUACCAAUCUCAGCCGUGGCUUUACCACCAACUAUAAAACCAAGCAAGGAGGACUUCGUUUUGCUCAUCUUCUGGAUCAGGUCUCCAGAGUAGAUCCUGAAAUGAGGAUCCGUUUUACCUCUCCCCACCCCAAGGAUUUUCCUGAUGAGGUUCUGCAGCUGAUUCAUGAGAGAGAUAACAUCUGUAAACAGAUCCACCUGCCAGCCCAGAGUGGAAGCAGCCGUGUGUUGGAGGCCAUGUGGAGGGGAUAUUCAAGAGAAGCUUAUGUGGAGUUAGUUCACCAUAUUAGAGAAUCUAUUCCAGGUGUGAGCCUCAGCAGCGACUUCAUUGCUGGCUUUUGUGGUGAGACGGAGGAAGAUCACGUCCAGACAGUCUCUUUGCUCCGGGAAGUGCAGUACAACAUAGGCUUCCUCUUUGCCUACAGCAUGAGACAGAAGACACGGGCAUAUCAUAGGCUGAAGGAUGAUGUCCCAGAAGAGGUAAAAUUAAGGCGUUUGGAGGAACUUAUCACUGUCUUCCGAGAAGAAGCAACAAAAGCCAAUCAGACAUCUGUGGGCUGUACCCAGUUGGUGCUAGUGGAAGGGCUCAGUAAACGCUCUGCCACUGACCUGUGUGGCAGGAAUGAUGGAAACCUUAAGGUGAUCUUCCCUGAUGCAGAGAUGGAGGAUGUCAAUAACCCUGGGCUCAGGGUCAGAGCCCAGCCUGGGGACUACGUGCUGGUGAAGAUCACCUCGGCCAGCUCUCAGACACUUAGGGGACAUGUUCUCUGCAGGACCACUCUGAGGGACUCCUCUGCAUAUUGCUGACCUGAGAAGAUGGCCUCAGAGCUGACUUGGGCAGUCCUCCCCAACAGGAAGGGGAGACAUUGCCGGCCACUGAGGAAAGAGGUCAUGAAGGUGGAGAUAAGCUGCAAGGGGUGAAGCAACUUUAUGUCAGUGGAAAACGUGUCUCUUUAAAGCUGCUAUGUGAACAGCUUUUACAGUCAUUAAAUUUACCUAAGCUAAAGUUAA